AUCGCAAAGAAUAUGCAAAUAUAUGUAGGAGUGGAAUCGAAGAGUGGUUUUCCAGCUGAGCUAGAAUCCAGAGUGACGAGGAGAUCGCCGUGACCUGAGUUGACCUCUGCGAUGCUAGGGAGCCGCCACCGGGAAGGAGGACCAGGUUUCAUCCAGCCCCGGAGUGGUUGAGGGGCAGGUACCGCCUGUUCCGGAUUUGUUGAGGUCUAGGUUGACUCCACCCCCGGGCAGCGGCAGACCGAAGGCAACUUUCCCGCGGCAGGUCGGAACCGCUCUGGGCCAAUGCGUGCUCACGCGCAUCCGCCGACGGGAUAUGACUCCGUACGAUGUCCUUCGUUACCACAUUGGUCCGCCGCUGUUGAUGGUUUCCACCACAGUAGGCGUGCAGGCACUUGCACUUGUCGGCGGUGAUGGUACUCAAAACUUUAGCCUGUUAGGGAGUAAUUACUCCUGGACAGUUGUGCUUGGACUCCUUGUCUGGGCUUUAAUUUCCCUCUGGAAGUGGCUGGUAGGCAGCGUGGCGCGGGCUGUGUCUUCUGCUGGUGCAAUUGUGGGCAAGGUAGCCCAAAGGGCGCGCCGAGCAGGCGCGCGUGGGGGACCGCCCCCAAGGAGAGGUGUGGUUAGGACCGUGGGCCCUGGUCAACUGUCCUGUAGGUUUCGAGCGCUGGUCGCGGGUCCCUAGCAGUGGAGACGCGGAA